AUGGAUUUCUAUCGUAAAGAAAUUGAAGUUGAUAGUGAACCUGCUUAUUUAGAAAUACUUGAUACUGCUGGUACCGAACAAUUUGCAUCUAUGCGGGAUCUUUAUAUAAAAAAUGGACGUGGUUUUCUUGUUGUAUUUAGUUUAACAUCAUGGCAAUCAUUUCUUGAUAUUCGAACAAUACGUGAACAAAUUCUACGUGUUAAAGGUACAGAUAAUGUUCCAAUAUGUCUUAUUGGAAAUAAAUGUGAUGCAUCAUUACAACGUCAAGUUACACCUGAUGAUGCACUUGCAUUAGCACAAACAUGGACAUGUCCAUAUAUUGAAACAUCAGCUAAAUUAGCUAUUAAUGUUAAUGAUACAUUUGCUGAAAUUGUACGAGAAAUUAAUUCAAAAAUGAAAACAAAAAAAACUAAAAAAAAAAAAAAGAAAUAUCGAAAAUCAUUUCUAAAUUGUUGUUCAUCAUCGUGA